GGAAAAGACGCAGGUAUUUCUUGAGAAGAUGCCCAACACCACCAGACCGGCGUCUCGUCUGUCCAUUAAAGAGACAGAAGAGGAGGAGCUCGGCAGACGGGGGUACCACCUGGAGCUGCACAUCGGGGAGGGCUCGUACGCUAAGGUCAAGUCAGCAAGUUCCGAGAGGCUACACUGCAAGGUGGCCAUCAAGAUAAUCCACAAGUCCCUGGCUCCUCAGGACUUCCGAGAGAAGUUUCUCCCACGCGAGCUGAGCGUCCUGACGAAGGUGGACCAUCCUCAUGUCAUCAAGGUGCACGAGAUCAUGGAGAUGGGGCCCAGGGUUUAUAUCGUGAUGGACUACGCCGGACACGGAGACCUGUUAGAGUACAUACAGCUGCACGGAGCACUGCCGGAGAGCAAGGUCCGAGUGAUGUUCCGGCAGCUGCUGACGGGAGUACAGUACCUCCACUCCCAGGGUAUCGUGCACCGCGACCUCAAGUGUGAGAACAUCCUUCUCGACUCCAAGAACAACAUCAAGAUUUCCGACUUCGGCUUCGCACGAGAGUUCAGGCAGGGCGAGCUGAGCAGGACGUUUUGCGGGAGCGCCGCCUAUGCAGCCCCGGAGGUACUGCAGGGCAUCCCCUACCUGGCCGAGCUUUAUGACGUCUGGAGUCUGGGAGUUAUUCUCUACAUCAUGGCGUGUGGAUCCAUGCCUUUCGACGACUCCAACAUCAAGAAAAUGAUCAAGGUCCAACUUGAGAAGAAGUAUGGCUUUCCUAGGUCUAAGAGGGUCAAUCAAGACUGUAAGGAGCUGAUCAACGAAAUCUUAACACCCAGCGUCACCAACCGCCCGACUAUCGAGCAGGUGCUGCAACACCAUUUCUUCACGCAAGGUGGCGCUUCUUCAAGCUCCGACCAGGUUGCGUCUGGCAAUGCCGCACCACAAGGUGCGACUGGAGGAUCCCAUGACGCUGCUACACAGGGAGGCCCGGCUGCAGGCUGCAGUACCCCAGAGGGGGCUGUAGGGGGCGCCCCAGCACAGGACGCCGCCGUCAGACCGAAGACUAGGAGCCCUAGAGAGCCUCGACACGACGCCACCCUGGUCCCCAGAGACCAUCAUCAACCAAACGCCACACUGAUGCCCGUGCAGGCCCAGGACCCACAGUUCCGUGCACCGACCCCCAUCCCUCCCACCCACGAUCACCCUCCUAUCGCUAACCAGUAUCGCGGGCAUUCCAGGGACGACAAGCAUCAGAAACCACAACAUCCAGAAAAGAGCAAAAAGUAG